CCUGAAACCCGCCUUCAGUUUUGGGUUGGGGGGUGCGGUCCCCAUCUCCAGCAGGGCGGGUGUCUGGAGGUGGCGGUUUGGGCAGCCGCUGCAGGGGCUUGUGCGGCUGGGGAGCCCCGGGGCAGCGGGUGUAGCGUUGUUGUGAGGUGAGGGUGUCCCAAGGGCUCCCGAAGGGACGAGCGAGGGAAAGGCUGCUCUCUGUGACAGGAGGCACUUAAAAACUUGACUUCAACUGAAAAACAACACAGUCCCCCCAAACUUUACUGGCUUUCAUUGUUCUUCAAGCUGCUUCUUACGUUCUAUUUGCCUGAUGUUGCCACUUUUCUCAGAAAAGAACUGUUCCUGGCCCAUGCCUUCUCGUUUGCUUAAGAAAAAAGCCUUUACAGAACACUGAGAUUUUUAAGAGGUGCAGAGAAUGAUGCUUCUGUGACUUGAGGUGCUUUGCCUGUCUUUCUGCCUUCUUGAUUAUUUCAUCUUCCUAUAUUUUCAAAAUCAUCUUAGUUUGGAACGCUUUUUUUGUGUGUAUGUGUGGAGUAGGUAACUCUGUUAAAGAGUUUGGUUGCAGAAUAUACUCCAAUCAGAGAAAGCUUCUCUUAAACUUAAAAAAUUCUUGUGCCCUUUCGCUAUUAGGUCCCAAUCCCUUGUUAUUGCCUGCCAGGAAUGCUUAUGCUAUGCUCAGUCUCUAAUACACCUAUAGUUUAAAAAUGCCUGCUGCGGGCCUCCUGUCUGCACAAAUGUUUGAGGAAUAAUGCAUCUGCAUUUCUGUUCUGGGUGGAAAAAAUAGUGCUAUUUUUGUUUCAUGUUAAUAAACACAUCAUUGGAUUGUAGAAAGUAUGGAAGCUUCAGUAUAGUUACAGAAAUAGAUUACUUAGCUUUGCUGGAAGACUUUAUACCACUGGAGAAUGUGUAGGUAUUUUUGGAGUCUUCUGCAGUAAGGAAGUAAUCGUAGCUCACAGUUUUAUGUGUAACUUAUGAAAGGCAAAUUUUAGCUUUUUCAAAAUGCUUAUAUUCAUGAAAUGUUAAGCAGUACUUGAAUGGAGUAUUCACUUCCUAUUAUGUAUUUCUUGGUGCUGUGGCAUUGCACUGUGGCUGGAACUAAGCAAUGACUUAAAGCAGGUUCACCUGUUGUAUGCUUAACCAGGCAUGUAUUCCCUAUAUCCAGAUUUUCAGCUUUAAGCAGAUUUUUUAAAUUAAAAUUGAAUGAAAUUAAGCCUUGAAAGUAUGAAUGCUCACAGUGUACUGUUAUGUAGUGAUACCUGCAUUUGCCAACUUCCUGGGAAACUGCAAGGCUAUGGAAUAGUUAAGAAGAAACACUGUGGUGCUUCCUGAGCUUUUGUGAACCUCUCUUCAUCGCACUGCGUAUGUGCAGCAUCAAAGUGUUUGGAUGGAUUCAGGAGUCAUGAUGGAUAAUCCUAAACUUCCUGAGAACUUGACAUACUGAAAUGUAAAAAAAUACGUAUAUUAAUUUAUAAUAUGCUGUCAAUUUCUUUGACCCUAGAUUGUGAAGGUGAGUUGAACACCUUGUGUUACUCUUAGAAAGGGAUGGUUUGAAGAAAUGAUAACUUGGUUUGUAUUGUUCUGCAAGUAGAUUACACCCCCUCCCUCUCCUUAGUGCAGUGAAGGGCUAGAAUAAGAGAGUGAACUCUUAAUUAAGAGUUUUUCUUAGGAAGCAAGUUAAUUCUUUCUGCUCUUCCUUAAGAAAUCUUCAUAGUCAUAUGGUAAUUUGAACAUAAACAUUUGAAAGACUUCAUCCAGUGGCAUUUCCUUGAGUUCAUCACAUAUUUGCUACACUAUUGCUGGCAAAACUGAGGCCACAGUCCAGGGUCGUUUCUUACUCAAGUGCUUUAUUUGCUGUUGCUUUACUGCCCUCCUGGGCCUACACAGCACUAUUUUGGUAGUGUUUGUGUAGUACAACGUGUUGUAGGGAGGUGAUAACAUAAAGUAGAUAGAAAGGAGACUGUUCUCUUGUGGUGUGUGUCUCAGUGUUUUGUUGAUAGUGCUUUAAUGUGUGUUAGCAACUAAUUAGAGGGGUUAUCUCAAGUGGUUGUGAUGGUCCAAGGAAGAAAAUAAGACAGAGGUAGUAUAAAAGUAAAUGUAACCUAAUUGAGGAAUGCAAAUACUAAAAUUUAUUGAGUAUAAGUUGGCUAGGACUGGGAUUGAAAUGCAGAACAGAGAUUUCGUAUGCAAUUUAACUGUAUAUUUUGUAGUAGAAAGUAUUAAAAUGAAAAGAAAUACAGAACUUUUGAGCUUCUUCUUUUUUAACUCUAAAAAAAGCCUCCAAACCAAACAAAUAAAGAAACCCCAACAGACAAAAACAAAAAAAAAAAAAAAAAAACCACACCAAAAAACCAUAAACAGAAAUAGCAAUAUCUGGUAAUGUUCCUUAUCCUUAUAUUUUGAUAUUUUGCCAAGAUCUAAUUUCAUUCCAUCUUUGUGUAUGCUUAUUUUCCUGGAAAUAAAUGUCAGUCUUCAGAAAACAAUAAGACAAUAGAUAAACUUGAUUAAAAGCUCCCAAGUUCUUACAGCCCCUGUCCCAGUGCCUCUCAAUACAUUUGUAAUAGUAGUAGGCAAGGCAGUAUCCUUUAAAAAAAAAAAAAAAAACAACUGGCCUGAAAAUUUUCCUUGACGAUUUCGGAUGGCAAGUUACAUACAGUAUUUUUUUUUUUUUUUAACAAGAAGAGUGUGUUUGUAAUGGAAUAUUGUCCACGUUUAAAAAGCAACUUCAUACCAUUCAAACAUGCUUCUGAUACAGCAGAGGAUAAAGAUUCACGACACACGGUAGAUUCCUUCUUUUGUUGAUAUUUUUGCUUUUUCCUCUAGAAAUAAUUGAUUUCUGAAUUAAAACUCUGUACUAUGUAAGUUGGAUAAAUUUCUGUGUUAAAAAUAGUUUAGUUGGUUUUGAAACAAACAGUUAAAAAUUAGUAGCUUUGGGGUUUUUGUUGCAGUAGGUUUUUUUUCUCACUGUAGCUAAAUGAUCUUAAGCUAUUGAAAGAAAAACAUGUUACCUACUUCAGCCUCUUCUGGUGGUCAAAACCAAAACAAGCUGGCCUUGCAUUAUUGCCCUGGAUGAAAAUGGAAAGCUGACUGUAUGCAAAGUGUUGUGUAAUACAUCAAAUAUAUAAAGAAGGUUACACAAACUUUGCUAGAAUCUACAACGGCUGAAUUUGAAAAGGCAACAUGAUGCAGUCUGACUUAGUCUGCUUAUCGUGAGAAUUAAAACUUUUGUAUCAAAGUGUUAGAAAUUUAGCUCUCUGAUUUCUGAAGCUCUCUUAAAUAAAAGUUGCUCUGAAUUUUUUCUUCUACCUAGUUUUCAUUAUCUUCUGAACCCUGUUAUUGUCAUAUACAGGCAUGCAAACAAUAAGCAUCUACAACUCCAGAUAACUUCAGGAAGUUUUGAGGCAUAUGGCUUUGCAAAUCUUAUUUCUAUUUAUUAGAGUCUAAUAUGGAUUUAAGGACCCAUGUUUAGAUAUUUUUAUUUAAAAAAAAAAAAUUAGGCUAUUAUCUGUCAUGAAAUUUUCUUCUGGAAGAUAUUAAGAUGAAAUACUCUGAAAAUUAUUGGCCCUUUUGUAUGUCCCUAACAGUUCAUAUAACACUUUGGACAGUGAGAAAUUCAGUUGUCUUCAUUUAUGACAAGGAUGUAAGCCACAUGUUACCUAAAAAAUUGUUCCUUGGUUGCUAAAUCACCAAGAAAAUUGUGCAAAUUAAAUAAAGUCUUUAUUUGUGUAACAUGAAUGCAGAAACAUUGGCUGAGUUUUUGUGCCUCUGUCUUUAGAACUCUGUUAAAGGAAUAUGAAAAAAAUCUCUUUGCUUGCAGGUGACCCCAACCUAAGGAUGCAAUAUAUAUGGAUUUCUGUUCAGGUGCUACUCUCCAAACAUUGCUUCCUAUUGCGUAUAUAUACAGCACAUAGAGCACCAGAAGCUUCCUGUCGUCUGUGAAACAUUGUUUUCUUUUGUAAUCUACCAAGUGCGGUACCUUGGCAGUUCUAAAAAAUCUCAGACUGAAACUUCAAGUACAUAGAAGGAAAUAUCUUGAGUCAAUAUUGUCUGUUACUGCUUUGAAGAAAUACCUUUCAGUGAUAUGGACUUCAUUAUUAAAGUAAAAUUAACAGAAACAGGAAAUGGCUCUUGAAGUUAAAUGAGGCUGGAUAAAACACAUAAAUGAAGCAGAAGCUGCUCUGCAUGUGUUAGGGCUAUAUCACCACAAGCACUGCUGAUCAGCCAGACUUGUUAACUUGUCAUAAUGAAGAAAAUCAGUCUCAAAACAAUUCGCAAGUCCUUUAACUUAAAUAAAAGUAAAGAUGAAAGCGACUUUGUAGUGGUUCAGCAGCCAUCGUUGAGUGAAUUUGGAAAAGAUGACUCCUUGUUUGGCAGCUGCUAUGGUAAAGAUUUGGCUAACUGUGAAGUCAAUAGUGAAGAUGAAAAAGGAGGCAAAAAUAGAUCAAAAAGUGAAAGCUUAAUGGGUACGUUAAAAAGGAGGCUUUCAGCAAAACAAAAACAGAAAGGCAAAGGCAGCACACCAUCUGUAAGCUCUGCAGAUGAUGACACCUUUUCUUCCUCAUCUGCUCCAAUAACCUUCAAAGAUGUGCGAGCUCAAAGACCUCUGAGAUCCACUUCCCUCCGUAAUCACCAUUACAGUCCAACUCCCUGGCCCCUUCGACCUACAAAUUCGGAAGAGACUUGCAUCAAAAUGGAAGUGAAAGUCAAGGCCUUGGUCCAUUCCUCUAAUCCCAGCCCAGCACUGAAUGGCGUUCGAAAGGACUUCCAUGACUUGCAGUCAGACAACGUGUUCCAGGAACAAAACAAUGCAUUAAAAAAUACGGAAUCUCAGAAUGGGGACUUGCAUCUUCAUAUUGAUGAACAUGUGCCUGUAGUUAUUGGAUUAAUGCCUCAGGACUACAUUCAGUAUACUGUGCCUUUAGAUGAGGGAAUGUAUCCUUUGGAAGGAUCACGUAGUUACUGUCUGGAUAGUUCCUCACCCAUGGAAGUUUCAACGGUUUCUUCUCAAGUGGGGGGAAAUGCUUUCCAUGAAGAAGAGAGCCAAGUGGAUCAGGAUGUAGUUGUUGCACCAGAUAUCUUUGUGGACCAGACAGUGAAUGGUUUGUUGAUUGGUACCACAGGAGUCAUGUUGCAAAGCCCAAGAGUUAAUCAUAGUGAUGUCCCUCCACUCUCACCUUUGCUACCUCCAAUGCAAAAUAAUCAAAUCCAAAGGAACUUCAAUGGAUUAAAUGGCACAGAUGCCCACAUGGCUGAAAGUGUGCGCUGCCAUUUGAAUUUUGAUCCUAACACUGCCCCUGGAGUUGGAAGAGUUUAUGAUUCUGUACAGAACAGUGGUCCUAUGGUUGUGACAAGUCUCACAGAAGAACUGAAAAAACUUGCAAAACAAGGAUGGUACUGGGGCCCCAUUACACGUUGGGAGGCAGAGGGAAAAUUAGCUAAUGUGCCUGAUGGCUCGUUUCUUGUUCGAGAUAGUUCUGAUGAUCGUUAUCUUUUAAGUUUGAGUUUUCGUUCCCAUGGAAAAACUCUUCACACUAGAAUUGAACACUCAAAUGGCAGGUUUAGCUUUUAUGAACAACCAGAUGUGGAGGGACAUACGUCUAUAGUUGACUUAAUUGAACAUUCAAUCAGGGACUCUGAAAAUGGAGCUUUCUGCUAUUCGAGAUCCCGACUGCCUGGAUCUGCAACUUAUCCAGUGAGACUGACAAAUCCAGUCUCUCGGUUUAUGCAGGUGCGUUCUUUACAAUACCUGUGUCGUUUUGUAAUACGUCAGUACACCAGAAUAGACCUGAUUCAGAAACUGCCUUUGCCAAACAAAAUGAAGGAUUAUUUACAGGAAAAGCACUACUGAAAGCUUAUGGGAAUCUUGCAUCUUGCACUUUGGGAACAACAACAACAAAAAGAGAUUGAAUUACAGUUUACAGACUUUCAUUAUUAUCAAAAUCUUUUGCUGCCAUAAAAAUAUUUCAUUUUUGUGUGUAAAAGAAAAGUAAUGCAUUUGGAUUUAUGUUUGUUUUGGGGGUUUUUGUGUAUUUUGGGGGGCUUUUUUUUUUUUAAGAAUGAUCUCAAGUUUAUUUUUAGAAGUGUGAAAUAGCUAUCUUUCAUCAAUGUGCAGAUUAAUCACAAUGUGAAUGAUCAAAUUUUCCUUAAUUUCCCCCAAGUCCUUUGCUGCUAUCCACUGUGAUUUUUAUGCAUUGAAAGCACAUUUCAUGUGUAUUCAACCAUAAGUAAAAGUCAAAUGAAACUUGUUGAAUGGGUUUUUUUCCAUUAAAAUAGCCUGUUUUUAAAAAAAAGUGAUUGUGAAUAAAAAACAUUGGUAUUCUAAAUUACAGAAUUUACAUCUAUGUGAAAACCAAUUUCCUGGUAUCUUAAUUAUGAAUUUCUAUAGAGAUAUGCCCUGAUUUAGAACUUAUAGACAGAGCUGUAUGAUAAAAACAUGGUUAUGCAGCAUAUUUUGGAAAAAAAAAAAUCUUUCUCCUAAAUCUUGUAUUGUCUGUACACUAUUUUGUGUUUGAGAAGGUUGGUUCAGCUUUCUUCUUGUCUCAGUAUUCUGUCCUUCUAAAAAUGGCCUUUAAAAAAAAGAAGUCUGUGAAAGUCAACGUGUAGUACCUAUAAGGAAAUUGCGGUAUUGGGGCCUUGUCAAAUAUUACCUUUUAAAAACAUGCCACGCUUAAAUGAACACCUACCAGGUCCCCUCUUUCUGUCCUUUUCACUCCUGCCUCCUCUUGGGGGGGUGAUGGGAGUGGGAAUUCCCUGGAUUUGUAGGAAGACUCUAGGAAUUGUUACUAUGGGAACAUAAAUGGAUAAGCCAUUUUAGGGAUUGGGUAAAGUUUCUGAUAGGAUGAUUUCUACAAUUUAUAUUCAAACUACUUGACAUUUUAUGAUUUUCUGCAUAUUUUUUUUUUCCCUUCAGAAAUGCAGUAAUACACUAAUGUCCUUUGGAUCUUUUUUCCCUUUUUUGGGAUAUCCUUAGAGGAGGAAGGAACAAGACUGAUAACAUUUUGGAUGAAAGAUACUUAAAAUGCAUCUCUAAAGCUCUGUUCUCGUAGCCUUUGAAAUCAUGGGGGAGAGAGGUUUGGAUAUACACUGACCGCAGAAAAUGUUUCAGUUUAUUAUUCACAAAAUACAUUUUGACAUGUGAAAUAUUGAAUCAGUUAAGUAAAUGUUUGUGAUAUCUGUCAAAGAUUCUGGCAUUUGAAAAGCUUACAGUUAUUCUAACCUUCUGUAGGGAAAAAGAGACUUUCAGUGGGGAGUACAGGUUCUACACUGUAAUAUUUUUGUCAUGCAAGGUUAAUCCAUGGCAUUUCUUGUUUUGUUUCAGGUUGUUGGUUUGUCUUUUUUUUUUUUUUUGUUCCACCUGCCACGAUUCUAUCACUUUUAUGAGUUAUUUGUUAAAGGGGUAAUGGCUGGCUUGGGAGGGAGGCCUGCUUUCACAGUAUCACAGUAUGUUUGGGAUUGGAAGGGACCUCAAAAGAUCAUCUAGUCCAAUCCCCCUGCCGGAGCAGGAACGCCUAGGUGAGGUCGCACAGGAACAUGUCCAGGCAGGUUUUGAAUGUCUCCAGAGAAGGAGACUCCACAACCUCCCCGGGCAGCCUGUUCCAGUGUUCUGUCACCCUCACUGAGAAGAAGUUUCUUCUCAAAUUUAAGCGGAACCUCUUGUGUUCCAGCUUGAUCCCAUUACCCCUUGUCCUAUCAUUGUUUGCCACCGAGAAGAGCCUGGCUCCAUCCUCGUGGCACUCACCCUUUAUAUAUUUAUAAACAGUAAUAAGGUCACCCCUCAGUCUCCUCCAAACUAAAGAGACCCAGCUCCCUCAGCCUUUCUUCAUAAGGGAGGUGCUUUGCCUGCCUCUGCCUCCCUGUUUUGUAUUUUAGAAUGUCAUCUUCCCCAUCUCUGAUAGGAGUUGCUAGUCAGUAAACAUCAGCUUAGAAAAAGCUGUUCAUUUUUGAAACAGCUUUCUUGUUUAGGUCAUUUUCUUCUUGUUUAAUCUAGCCUUUUGCCCCCUGAAAUGAGUCUUUAGUGAUAAUACAGUAUUGCUGCAAGGUGGUGCAAUAGCACUACAUCUUGGGUUGCCUGAAUUGAUAGACUAAAUUUAUAUUUUUUUAAUUUAUUUUUUGACCAUAAUGUUUAACUAAAAAAAAUAAUUAAAAAUAAAAUCAAAGGUAGAUAAAGGCUGCCUUUGCUUUUAAGGGAGGGAGAAUAAGGAUUUCUUCUUUAGUCUGUUAAAGUUUUAAACUUAAAAAAAAUCUAGAGCAGUCUAUAUGCGUAAUUUUUUGGCUCUGCCAUUGAGAUAUAUGUAUGCAAGUGUGAAUUCUGUUUUCUUUUUUUCCUCUACUGACUUCCCCUCCAGCCCCCUUCCCCUGAAUCAGGAUCACUAACUUAAUUCAAAAAGGCACAAUAACCUAUUGUAUGGUACAGUGUUCUGAUUCUCUCUGUGGGGAGGAAAAAGAAAAGCAUUUCUAUGGAUUUCAGAUGCAUACUUUUGGAAGAAAACCUCUGGCAUUUUCUUCACUUUAAAAAUUCUUUCCCCAUACAAGCUAGAGGGCCUAUGCAUUCUGCAGAAUCUUUGAAAGAUUAUAUUGUAUUAAAUAUUUUCUUUGCCAUUUAAUACCACUAUUGAAUGCAUUAAACAUACGUUUAUACUACACCACAUGCAUUAAUUUAGCAGUCAUUGCAUUGAAACUUAAGUAGUUGAAGCUAUAAUAUCCUGGUCUUACUGCUGAAUUGAAAUACGUGCAAGAAUGCACAUGCUAAAUUUCUUGCCAUGCCUUUAUAAAUUUCAGUCUGUACACUCAUGUGUGUUGAUGCUUUUCUAAAAAACCUUUGUUUCAACUGUGUUUUUUGAAUUGCCUUCCUUGCUGUGUUCUUCAUCUGUGAACUUAAUCAGGUCAAGUUAACUUUGUCAUUACCCACCCCCCGCCCCCCUCACCAUAAAGCUUCCACAAAAGGAACGCUGUAAAAUGAUUGAGGCCUAGGGUGUGAGAACCAUAUAGCACUUCAUUUCUAGAUUAAAAAAUGGUGAUGAUGCUUCAACUAAGCUCAAAAUACUUUAAAUCAGUAGUAGGUAGACACAAAUAAUUGUUUUUACAGGUUUCAUUAAUCAGAACCUAGCAGUAUUUUUUUCAUGCUGAGGUAACUGUCAAGCCAGCAGAAGGAACCCAGAAAAAUUGCUUUGAAAACAUUAAAGAUACUGACAAUUUCUUAUAAUAAAGAUUAAUGGAAAAGAAACGUGUAACAUUUAGUUAUGAGACAAUUUAGAAGUACUCAGAGUAACCAUAGAAAUUGUGUUGACUUCUUCUUCCUGAAAAUUAGAGUUAAAAAGUGACCUUGACAAAUAAAAGGAAAAUGAUUGAGGAUAAUUUGGGGACCUUUGGAAGUAGAUACACUAGGAUUAAAAGCUAACUGACUAUGAUCCUUGUAGAGCAGAAAUACGGCUAUUUAUUCAGCACAACAGCUUAAAGGUUCAAAAGGUAUGCUUCUUAUGCAAUUGAGUUGUGAAAAAAUGUUUUUGAAAAUGAAACUUUGAAAUAAAACUCCUUUUUUGAGCAUCUGAGAUGAUUGACAUUAUUGAUAACGUUGUUUUACCGAUCAGAAGAGUAAAACAACACCUUGUAUUUGGAAAUAGAAAAGUAAGUUUGCACAAUUUCCUUUUUUGUUGUUGUUGUUGUAAACCAGUGUUAAUAAACAACUGAAAGUAAUGUGUGUUCUUUGAUCUGUUUGAAGGAUAUAGCACUUAUCCUGCUGUUGACAUAGUGAAUGCCAUCUUUUUUAUAAAAAUAUCUUUCUGUCAGAAGGAUCAGAAAUGCAAUUAUUAAUUAAACUCUUUGUUCGCAGAUGAGCUGACUUUACGUUUUGUUAAAGCCAGUUUCUUUCUGUGAAUAUUGACUGCUGGGCUACAUGAAAUCUGUGCAGUUUUUGUUUUGAUGCAUUUCAUCUCUGUGAAUACUGGAAUUAUGAAUUUUAAACACCAUACCAGCAAUAUAUGGGCUAUGAUUCUGAUGAGAAGUAUUUCUCUGUUAUGGAACUUACAAAUUCUGAGCUAAACUAUGGAUAAAUUAAUGAUUGCCAAUUUAAUUUCUUAAAAUCUUUUUAUGACUGCAAAGAAUAAAAAUUGCAAGCAUUCUUUAUAAAUAAAAAAAAGUGGGCUAGACAGUAGUUCACAAUUUGGGAAAUACGGCAUUGUUGUAUUUGAAGAGUGUUCUAAAUUCUACACAGAUAAUGAAAAAUUCUUAAUGAAUUUUGUAUGAAUACGUGUUGGGUUAAAGAAUUUUUAUAGUGAUGAUGGAGUGCCAUGAAGUUAAUACUUGCAAUCCAGAUUGCUGUAGUUUACACUUUGCUCUGUUUCAGACCUGGUGUGCACUGUUUGUACUAAGCACGCCACAAAGUGAAUUAUCCAAAGUCCAUUGAUUUUAAUGUGUUUCGGUUUGUAAACAAAAUUAUAGUAAUUUCUUGCACAUUUUUGAAAAAUAAUUGUAUAAGGAUUUAUGUAUCUGCUUCUGGAUACAGUGUGUAAAUAAAAAAUUCGUUCACAAAAA